AGCCUGAAGCCCUCAACAGCGAAUUCGCUCUCUGCCUCUGUCGCUCUCACACUCUCCCCAGUCUCCCUCCGACGCCCCUGCGGCCGGGCCGAUCUCUUUCUUCAUCUCAAAUUCUCAGAAACAUGGCUUGGAGGCAGAUACUACACCACACCAGAGCCACUUUGACACCGGCACAUUCGACAACUGGGCUCGCCAGGUUCUCCACCAAAUCAACCCCUUACUUGGAGAAAGUUGGGAUAUCUGAAUUUUUAAAUGGAAUAGGCAAAGGGGUGGAAGCUCAUGUGACCAAAGUGGAAUCUGAGAUCGGUGACUUUCAGAAGCUGCUCGUCACUCGUACUCUAAGACUGAAGAAACUUGGCAUCCCUGUCAAACAAAGGAAGCUGAUCUUGAAAUAUACCCACAAGUAUAGGCUGGGACUCUGGAGGCCUCUAGCUCAGCCAAUAAAAUCCUAGUUAGUAUAGAACUAGCAUGUCCUUUACACAGAAGUUGUCUGCUGCGAAAUCACUGGUGCUAAAUGUACGAAACCUGGAAAGAGGAGCAUCUUUCUUCAGAUUUUAGUAUUCCUUCACUUUUUUUUCCAAAAUUUCAUGGACAAAGUUUGGCUAUUUAGUAAAAGGGUACUGUGGUCAACUGCAUUUAGUUGAGCGAUCUACUUUGUAACUUCAUGGGAGUACCCUCAGUUGCAUGUGGUGUAGAUGUUCAAUCUUCUAGCAAUAUGUUUUAAUGUUAGCCUGCAAAAUAUGAUGGCAUUGAAGUCUCAAUUAUUGGCUUGCCUGACUCAUUAUCUGUGAUAGUAAAUUUCAUAAUAUCAAAUCUCAACCUUCUCUUAUACUUAAGCUAUUCAGAAAUUGUGUGGUGUUG